ACUGUCUGGCACGCGCUCUCCCACAUGCACUAACAAUUCAUGGCAUGAGCAAAUAGUCAUUUCUGUCGCUUCUUAACGUUUCCAUCUGCCGCAAUGGAGUCAUAUCCUCUGGAAUAUGUUCUUCACCAUGUGCCGCUGAUGGCGGUUAUGGGUCUCAUUGAACCGGAUGUCGAGCCGCCGAGUGGGACUACCGACACGCCAAAGAGUUCGUCGCUGAAGAAAGUCCUACUCUCUGUAUUGAUGGCAAAGAACAACAUGAGCAUCUGGGAUGCAGCAGCCAAGAGAGAAGGCUUCUCUGCUUUUUUUCACGUCACCGUUUUGGACAAGGCACACGUCUUUCCUCCCCGGAAACUCCAAAGGGCAACACCAGUUCAGCAUUCCAAUUUGUCUCCUUUAACUCCUGGAUCGCCUCUUUAUCCUGAUGGUCUUAUGCUCCCUGCAUGGAUACAACGGCAGAAAGAAACGAGACCUGCAAUAGUUGUGGGUUUCUACGAUUUGUGGGAGCGAACAGAAACGCUAGACAAUCGUGACCCCUUAGGCGUACAGCAAGCAAUGAGCAUAGAGCGCGAGCGUGAUCUCAUACUUUGCGCAGAGAUCAACGAAAAGAAGCGAAAUGCAACUGAUCGGGGCAUCAGGUUUGCUGUGGUGCUCAUAAUAAAGACGAACCCGGCAGAUGACCCACAUCUUGACGAACGAGUAUCUUUCAUUCGACGAACCUGUGGGUUGGAUCUCAAAAGCUCGUUGUUCGUUCUACCGUCCGCCAGCACAGAUCCGCAACAGUUCAUUACUAUGAUGCAAAAAUCACUGCAUGAUUCGGCCUGUAGCUACUAUCGCGAUCAUGACAAACGCAUAAGGAAGAAAAAAGCGCGACUGCCGCCCAUCUCCGCUCGUGCAGUAAGCACGGCGCCGUCUACUUCUGCUGCAUCCCUUCCAGGGAUGGUCAGCAUAUCCAGCGCCCAGCAAGCAAAACCACUACCGCCGGCUGGCUGGCACUUACGGUACGAAUACAAAUUGGCGGUGUUCGCUGAAUUCAGACAGGAUAUGGAGAAUGCUAUCAAGCAUUAUGAGACUGCAUAUCAAUUGUUAAUAGAGUUGUUUCACUGUGCCAUUUCCGGUGGGGUGCUCGUUCCGGGAGGCGGAGGGUCUGCUCCAAACGAUCUCUUGCAACCCUUCACUCCUCGCUGGUUGGAAGCCCGGACGUUGGUCGAUUGCAUUAAUCUAAAGAUUUGCAAACUCCAUCUGUACACCGACCGCCCUGUUCCCGCAUUACAACAAUUAGAGAAGCAUCUUACCAAUUGCAAAAGCUUCCCCGAAUUUGUUGGUCCACCAAGUACUGAGCUAACGUGGGAGGUCUCUCCGGGAUUAACUCAAUUGGCUAACCUCACCGGCGGUGGGUCAUUUGAAUACUGGACAUGGGUGUCUACGCAGUAUCGCGUCUUUGGGGAGCUUAUAGAGUUGGCUACCGGGAAGAUUGGGUUACGCUUACCCUUUCCACCGCCGGGCUCGCUACCGGCAGCACACACAGCGACGGGUCAGGCGCAAUCUUUCUUGAAUACUCUGUCCAACAAUAGCAUGAAUGUCCUCUCUGGCGGAGACGUUCCCGUUGCUGUUUUUGGACCAUUCAGUGCCACGAAUGCUUCUCUCGUGGUGCAGCAUGCAGGAUACUAUUAUUUCCUUGCUGCUCGUUGUGCUGAAGAGCGAUGGAAACGCUUUGCAGAAACCGAGAAGGCCAUUACGUCGGCCCCGCCUCCGCCGCCGUCGGCUGCUACAUCCGUCCGAGGCGGACAAGCUCGCCUGGGAUCUUUUGCCGAAAUAUCUGGGUCACCAUUUUCUGCCAUGAUGCCAAGCUCACCUAUGCAUGCGCACAAUCUCGGUGUGUCACUGGCCUCCGAGCGAAGUGUAGAUCACGCUACCUUAGUCAUUGAGCUCUUGACAAAGUCUUACGAGCAGUUCAAGAAGCACAGGGCCGGGCGCAUGACCCUCUUCCUCGCUUCUGAAAUAGCUCGGGUGUAUGAGCAAAGUGGAAAGUACGAGAUGGCGCUCAAGUUUUUCGAGCGGAUAGGAAAAACAUAUCGAAAAGAGCAUUGGCCCAAUGUUCUCAAAGAUGUCUUGAAAUGGAGUGUACAAUGUGCCAGAACCUUGGGUCGAUGGGAUGUCGUGGUUGAGUGCCUCGUGGAGCUGAUGAGCGAGCGGAUGGCGGGUGGGGCCGAAGGAAAUGCCGAGCAGGAAGCUGCUGUACAGGAGCUCAUGACCAUUUUGCGCGGCGAUGGACAAGAUAUGACCAAGGGACUGAGGGUGGCGGUGGAUAUGGACCAAAUCGAUGGUUUCCUACAGUGCAAUGUUCAAUUUAAGAAACACAGCACGUAUGUGGGGGUGUCCGCGCCGUUCCAAGUGGUUUUGACUGCCGCCUCAGCCAGAUCACCUCCUAUUGCGCUAAGAAUUUCAAAAAUACAUAUUGGGUUUUCCGAUGCACGGUUCGACCAUGUCAUUCUUGACAGGGAAGGCGGUGAAAGUAGCCUCUCCUCGUCUGGGCGGAGAGUCAAGUGGCUCGACAUUACAAAUUGUGAACGAAAGACUCUGGAGGGUGACGACGGUCAUGAAGUAUGGACGAAGAAAGUUGACUUGGAACUCCUUCCUGGCAUGACGCAAGUGUUGGAGGGAGUGGUGAUACCAGGAGAGGGGAUGGAUUUAAAGCUGUCAACAGUGUCAGUUGUGUUGGCGGCUUCGGACGGACAAGUGUCACUAAAUUUCAAUCUUUCUGAACGGGGGGAAGACACAUCGGCAAGGCGCAAAUGGUGUGUAAUAGAUGGCGCUGAAUCGAUCCCUCGCUGGGUUAUGCUUGAUGGUUAUGGCGAACAAGCAGCACUCAGAGUCAUUAGGCGACAGCCAAAUCUAUCGAUUCAUUUGACACAUGCGCCCCCAGGGUAUAUUGACGAAGUUUACUGGGUAGUUGUUGAGGUCGUAAAUGAAGAAAAGGAGGAAAUAGAGGCAUAUCUUGAUCUGGAAUUCAGAAGCUCUGGAACGGAUGGUGCUGAUCCAACAAGUCAUAUCACGCAAAGGUUCGAAGAUAUUGCUGGCGAAGCAUCAUCUCCCGCACAACCUGCCGGAAGCGACAGAAAUGCAAUAUCCGCAAUACGUUUAGGCGUUAUUCCUUCGCUUUGUCGCGUAUCGCAACGCUUCUGGCUUCGCUGCAGGCAAAACGCUGGCGAGCGGGUCAUGUACAAUACGGUGUACUACCGGACGACUUCGUCCACGGCCACGUUAUCGAACACAUUUGAAGCCCCUCAGCCAUCGACUCAUCCAGACCUUUUCUUCCGAAAAAAUGAAAGUAUCCGAUUGAAUUUCAUUAACGGAUUUGAGACAAAGUUCUCAAUAAAUUCAGAAUAUGGAAUGCCAUUUGAGACAACAGAGGCGGGACUGCUGUCGCUGCAGGAUGCGGAUGGCAGUCUGGAACUAGUUGAGAAACACAGCAUAGUCGCCGCGGUCAAAUGUGUCGGCCCUUGGGACAUGGAAGUCGCGGAAGUAAAAUUCAUUCCAAGAAAUGUUGAGGUACAUUAUACCAUGCGCACUUACAGCGCUUGCCCAAUCGUGCUAGUCGAAACCGUAAAUACGCUGCCCACAUCCGCAAACCCCAUUGAAAGCUGGAAAUCAGGACACGUAUGGAACGGAGCGUAUCAUGCAAUGGUUGCGGUCGACCCAGGCGCCGAAGUUGAGGCGAUACCCGUCGGGGACAUGGUGGUACGAUGGCGAAGACGGCAAACAGGAGAUAUCGAACCAGCAUGGGCUCAGACAGUACUUACAAUACCGGAUGUACCCCUUCAGCAUAGAGAUAUAUUGAUCUGCGUUGACAUCCCACCGUUGCUGCACCACACAACCCCAUUCACCGUCACAUACGAGUUGCACAAUACAUCGCUUGCAAUACAUCAUCUGUCGCUGUCUAUGGAAGUCACUGAAGGCUUCGUUUUCAGUGGGUGCAAGCAAACGCACGCGCGAAUGCUACCUCUCAGCUCAAUGAGAGUGACAUACAACUGUGUGCCAAUGGUUUGUGGGAAGGCCGCCCUUCCUCGAUUAAAAGUUAUGGUGAUCCCAGAAGGUGCAGAAGAGAAGGAAGGGUCCCCACGGGAGGUGAAGAAUGUACAUGUUCGGGGCGGGGUGGAAGCCGGGUUGGGACCUGCUGGGGAGCUAAUGGUAUUUGUGAGGCCGCGGAGCGGUCAGCUAUUGGAACGACCGUCCGCAGAUACGAUGCUAUGAGCUUGUCAGUAUAGGUAGUGCAAAAAUAAUAUGUUUUGAUAAUACAGAUAUCCCAUCUUAGAGUACCGCUGAUGGCGGACAUUUUUCAC